AUCAAAAUGGCUGCGACUCGACGUGAAAACUCGUGAAUGACUGAGCACAACUUUAACAACAAUUAUGGAUCGACCCUCAGUUGAUCAAGUAAGGGCUAUCAUUGGUGCCCUGUACAAUGAUUCGGAUCCAAAUGGAAAAGAGAAAGCUUCAGAGUGGCUUCACGAACUUCAGCGCUCGGUAAGGGUAAAUUUAGGUAAAUGUAGCUUCUCGAAUGCAUCUUGGUUUACGAGUCAGUUUCGAGAAGUUGGCUAUUAAUUCAGUUUAGGGCUAACGUCUGCAUGGUUGUAGACUCAUGAGAAAUUGUUUGAAUCCUUUCCAGUGUAGAUAUUUAUGUCCUUGGAUCAGUCGAUAUUCCCGAAUUAAUGAUCGCUAAUGGUACUUGUAAUGUGCCCAUUUUACUUCUGAGUUUUAGAGUACUGCUAGAAAAUAUGUUAAUUUUAUUUUCUGAGUAUCGUUGAUGGCCCUCUCAAUGUGUAGCUACUUAAUUAAAUUUUUAUGUGGCAUGAUUCGAAUCAUACUAAACCUACACAAGCUUCUUGGAUAAGCUGGAUCAGAAAAUUCAGAUUGGUUUUACAUUGGUGUAGAUUGAUGUAGAGGAAGUCUUUGCAGUUCAUGUACUUAAUCCAAGAACAAUUUUGAAGGGUUUCCCUAAUCGUUUGUACUUGAUCCACUAUUUAGUCUGUGUUAACAGAUGUUUUUUUCAGCCAGGGGAACACCAUAAGCUUGCUAUUGAAUCCUUGCCUCUCUCUACUGGACCUCCUGUGUUGCCUGUUGUAUCAACAAAUCUGUUCCAGGUCUGAUUUUUGGGUGUAACAAUUGUUUAUUUUAAAUCAAAAAUUGGCAGGUAUACUUCUUAUAAUGGGCUGUCUUAAAAAUGCAUUACACCCACACUGAAAAUGGUAAGAAGGAAGAUUAAUUAAGAAACAGGUGGCUCAGUUCUUAAAACAAAUUGUUUUUUUGAAAAAUUGUUUUGUCUUUUUAGGUUUAUGCUUGGGAAAUAGCUGACCAACUUUUAAGGUUAAACAUAAAUGUAGAAACAAGUUACUUUGCGGCUCAGACCAUGCGUACAAAGGUUAGUUGUAUUCCUUUAUCAGUAGUAAUAAGCAUGUUGCUUUCUAUUUUUAUGAUUGAACUCUAGUCUAGUCCCUUUUCUCUUUGAUUAAUGCUGUCUGUAAAUGGGCAUCUUUGAGGAAAUUUGCAAGUGGUGUUAUAAAGAGGAUAUUCUUAUGGUAGAAUAUUUUGGUAUGGUUGAAAUACAGGCACUGAUUGUAAUUGUUUAUAAUACCACUUAGUUUUGUGGCUGAUAUAUUGUGCAUCCUGAUUGGCUUAGAGUAAGAAAUAAUCAGGGGAUUACCCUCCCAUAGUACCCAUAGGCAGAUUACAAAUUAUGUAGAUUAAGAAGAACACAAAAGUUCAGUCAAGGAUCGCAGCUCCCUUUUUUAUGAUAAAAAAAUAAUUUUUUGUUGAUAAAUGUGGGAAAGUAAAGGGUUUUUACUUACUAGCAGGGGUAACUAUGGCCAUUAAUGAAGCUUUUAGUGAUGUUAAGCUAAAGGACAGUGUGACCCAUCAUGCAAGUAUGUUUCUGAUGAUGAGAUUCAGAUAGCAAAUCCUUUUUUUAAAAUGUGUUAAAAAAUCUUGAUUUUGAAAGAGUACAAGCCCUGCAUGGCACAUACUUUACAAAUUUCAUGCAUGCAAUUCUUACUGCUAAGGUGUUAAUAUCAAUUGCCUUUUCCCAUUCAGGUUCAAUAUUAUUUUUAUGAACUGCAACCAGCACAAUACCAGGUAAGAUAAUAAAAUGUUUCAGUGUUUGACACUAAUGCUUGUCCCAUUGGGAUAAGUGGAACAUCUCUAUGGGCAAGUAAACAACUCUAAAACUUGCCCAAUCAGGCAAUUGGAAUUUUUGUUUAAGUAAUUCAUUUGCAUAAUGAACUGUAGUAGGUAGUAAUAGGAUAUCAUGACCAUAAACACAAUUUAUAAAUAGACAUCCUUACAUCUGUUUUCUUUCUUAUUUCUUUUUCUGUUAAACCUAUUUAGGCAUGAACCUUAAAACAUGUCUAUAGCCAUAAAAAAUACAAUGUUCGCAGCCACCAUGUUCUCUGUGCAAAAGGAAUGCUUGUUUCAAUUAUGGAGCCCCGUUUCCAAACAGCCAAUAAUGCAGUUGAUAUUUUUACAAAGUGUUUACUGAAUUUCUACUUUGAAAGCGACAAGUGUGCACCAAAUUAUCAGAUAACAGUUUAUUAUAGCAUUUGCUUGGACAAAACUUAAUGUCAACUACAUUACAUAAAAUUGAGAAUUUAUUAUUUAUUUGUAUAGGUAAUCACAUGAUUUCGAGUGCAAUUUGGAAUAAAUAAGCAUGAGUAAAUUUUUUUAAAGAUUAACAAAAUUGCACAAGCCCCAUAGGGCUAGUGCAAUUUGUGGUCUUUAAAAAAAUUAGCAAGUGCUUGUUUAUUCCAAAUUGCACGAGAAAAAUCAUGUGAUUACAUGUUAAUAAUAUACAUGGAAAAAUACAAGAUGGCUUAUCAUAAUUUAAUAUAGGCAAAGCGUGCACAUCAAGUGCAAAAAAUAAUUUAUUCAAACUGUGCGUUCAGUCAAAACAACCACGUAGGAUCAAAACAAUAAUAGGCAAUGAUAUCUUCACAUCUCUAAGGUGCAAGAAAGUUCAAAGUCCGACUAAACAGUUCAAGGAAUAGUUCAAUCUGUGUCUGAAGCACUUUCGAUGAAAUGGAAUCGUCGUUUCCGAGGUUUAACUAUGACUGUUUUUAAUUUCAGCGUUGGAUCACUCGAGCAAAGUGUUAAGCUGGGUCGGCUCAUAAUUUUCGAUUUCCUUGGCAAUUCCCCUCUCUAAACACCACUUUUUCCAAACUGACAACCAAAAAGCAGUGCUUUUUAUAGUGUUUUCGUUGUUUCAGCUGUUUUUCAGCUGCGGUGGCGAAAGAAAACCUACUUAAAACGCUGGCCAUUGUUUCGCUCCCAAAUUUUCAAAUUUUGUUGCGCCAUCCAAGGCUCCCAUUUGAUUGGCUAUCUAUGAGUUUCUUUGAUUAUUGACCAAUCAGAAUGUCUGAUUUGUUUCUUUCUCUGCACUGAAUUAACCCUCUUCUGCACUGAAUUAACUCUCUUCUGCACUGAAUUACCUGAAAACUGCAUUUUCUUAACCAAUCAGAACUGAGUAAUUUUUCCAUGUAUAUUAUUAAUUUUUAAACAAGCCUCCUUUGAUUUCUCCCUAGCAAUGGAUCUUAACCCUUUAACCCCUAAUAGUGACCAGUAUCUAAUUUCUCCUAACAGUAAUACUGUUAGGCAAUUUACUAAGAUCAUGAGAAUAAAGGAAAUGAAUUCUCCUUGUUAUUAGCAAAGGAAAUGUAGCUCUAGGAGUAUAGAGAAUAUGCAUACUGAUGUUAGGGUGUAAAGGGUUAAGUAAAAGGGGAAACCAAACAAACCAAACUGGUUGCCCAAAGGAUAAAUUAACCAGAAAUUUGUGUUGAACACUGUGUUGUGACCAGAAUGAAUUUGAAUCAUGAUCAUGAUCAUUAAGAGCUGUAUGUAGCUGUAUGAGGUUUGUUUACAAAUAUGAUUGGUUAAUUGUCCACUAAUUGUAUGUUAUUAAACUAGUUAUGUCUAUUCUGACUUUUUGUUGCAGUCGCUUAAAGAUUCUCUUUUGGAUCAUCUAUGUACUCUUCAUUCUGUCUCUAAUGCUAUUGUAACUCAGGUAUGUAAAGUUGGAUUUCAGGAUUUGUAACCUAAUUCAUCAGAUGAUGGAGAUUGAGAUAGCAAGUGCUCGAGGUUGAGCUUUGGUUGCCAUGGUGAAUAAAUACAUUUUUGGACUAAAUUUACAUGGAAAGUCACCAAGUUUGAACUGAAUAAGUGCAUGUUGUGACAAAGAGUAUAGUGCAUUUGCUUUUUUAUAGGCUAGAAUAACGUAGAUUGAGUUAAGAGGUGCUCUAAGUUGAGACAGUUUUGGUUGCCAUGGUGGGUAGAAAGAUCUUUUGGACUAAAUUUGCAUGGAAAAAUCUCCUAAGUUCAGACUGUGAAAAAGAGUAUUUUUCAUUGGUUUUUUGGUGGCUAAAAUGUUAUGUCAGUUACUAGCCAAUUGAUGAUUUUGGGUAGUCAAAAGGAGUCUUUGGAAAAUACUUGAGCUUGUAGCCCUAAUAAUUCAAACAAAUACACCAUUGUAAUGUGUGAAGUCAAGUGCGAGUCAAAGAUUAGUCCUUUUAAGAAACAUCACUGAUGUGCUCUUCCUGAACAGUUGUGCCUUACCCUUGCUGAUCUUGCUGUACAAAUGCCACAGUGGAAGGAGGUUGUCAAUGAUCUCUGUCAGAGGUACUUGUAAUAUUUGAAUAUGUUUUCAUGAUUUUUUGUUAGAAUGCUUUCUAGUUGUUAGUACUUUAUUUUGUCACUUCUAGAUUUGGAUCAUCAGUGGAGAGACUACCUGUUCUUCUAGAAAUCUUAACAGUUCUUCCUGAAGAGGUUAGUGUGCUCUAUGUAGUUCAGAGUUCUUUAUUAAGUGAUGUAUUUAGAAUCAAUAUGACAACCAGAGACAAUUUAGUAUGGAGUUUGGAGAUUUACAGAAGUAAGUUUUUUAAAAGUUUAACUGUUAAUAAGGAGACUUACCUUUAGGAGACAAUUGUUUUGACUGAUCUCUGUGAGUAACUACCUAAUUUUUUUACACCCUGAAGUGUGUGCUGCAUCCAAAACAAGAGGCUGCAAGUUUAAUUUUUAAAUCAUUGUUUUGACCUUUGCAUAGAUGAAAACUAAGUCAUGUAUAAUAACCUUUCUUUUGAUAGCCAAGUGGAUUUUAUGCCAGCAUUUAUUAAUUACCAUGUUGUUGUGAUAGGUGGGUAGUCAUCAUCUCAGAGUAGGUGCCAACAGAAGGGAAGAAGUAACCCAGGAACUUCGUGCCUCAGCAGCCACAGUCCUCAAUCUCCUUGUGAGCAUAAACUUUUAAAUUAAGAUUAACAAAGAAACUAGGUCAAUUCACAAGCUAGAAAUUUUACUUUGCUCGGUGUCCUUUUAAAUCUUGUUUGGUAACCUGACUGGUAACCCAUAGUGUGAUUAACUCUUCUCAUCUCUUGGUGAUCUGUUAGAACAAUGAAGGAACAACAUGCAAAGGCAUUCUUGACUCAAAUUGAAUCUUUAUUUGUGUGUUAAACAGAACAGCAGCUGUUUGCAAACUGUGUUGUGUUUUGUGUGUGCAGGCCAGGUCAUUGAGGUUGUUUCAAAUGAUGGCAUCCUUUAGUACAUUUGUAUUACAUCAGUCUCAGUACAGUCAAAUCUUGAUUAUCUGGAUUUUUCUAUUUUCCAAACUUGCUUCCCUGGUCCCAUCUAGAGAAUUGAAGUUUGACAGUAUCUCACUUUCUAAAAUAGUUUUUCACUACAUAUUUAUAUAAAAGUAAUCUUAUUUUGAAUUUUCUUUACAGACAGCUUGUGUUAGCCAAUUUCCAACCGAUACAAAUGUAAAAAUUAGGGUAAGGAAAGAUUUAUUGAAAUGUAUGUUCAUCAAUUUUUUUAUUUCUUCUGUUUGGUUAAAUGUGUUCCUUUAAGGCUGCCUUCUGUUAGGAACCACAGAAAAUCAUUUGAUUCUUGUUUAAGAAUUAAUGUUCAAAAAGGGGAAACAUACAAGCAGGCAUGAUACAAACUCCUCAUCAUGAACAGCUGCACUGGAUUGAAAUUUAGGAUAACUCCAAUUCAGUUCUUAUUGUCCAGUAGACAGCUGACUUGAUAUUUAUGGUGGUUAUUUUUUCAGAUGUUCCGUUGUGCUGGUAGCUGGGUGACCCUUAGUGCAUUUCCACCAAUAGAAUUUGUAAGCAGUGAUUUGUUGCAGUCAACAUUCAAAGUCUUGGUAAAUAUUCCUUUAAAGCACCUAUUUUUUGAUGCUGUAAGUUAUAACAUUGGUUCAAACUCAUUAACUGGCCAUGGUCCCCUUAAUAAAUCGACAAGACGGAUUGUUUCUAAAGUAGUUUUACUAGCAAUUAUUGUCUUACAUUUAUACAUUUAUUCCAACCAGUUUCUCCAUAAGCCCUCAGAAAGUCACAAUUAUAGAAAAUUAAGAUACAAUGGUGGUAAUAAUGAUAAUAAUACUGCAGUUAUACAUUGAUAGUGAUGGUUUCUAUUAUUUUCAUCAAUAUCAAAUCUGUAUUGGUUUUAAUAUUAUUACUACCAUUAAUAAAGAUUUUUUUAAAAUUCACUUGUGAUCCAUGGAGCUAACUUCCAUCAUCUUAAACUGCCCAAUACAUGUAAUUCACUCAUAAAGCUGAUCUCAAAUUGACAGUGCAGUUUCUUUUUUCUUUUUAUACCUUUUUAGCAUGAGGCUGAUUGCAAUGAUGUGUUACAUGAAGUAGCUGCAGACUUCAUUUGUAAUGCACUCUACACAUCUGAGGUGUGUAAUCACAUUUCUUUUGGUUAUUGUAGUUUGUUGAGGUGAUUUUUAAACAUAAUUUACUCUCAAUUGAACUUAUUUAGUAUUGCAUAGAAUUAUCUCCAUAACUGAUUGACUUUACUGAACAUAAGAUUUUGUGCCAUUAAGAUCUCAAUCAAUUCUUCCCUUGUACAAUCAAAAAGUUCACAUAGUAAAGGUUGCUGUUAAACUGCCUUACCCCUUGCCAUGAAUGUUAAACUUUGAUUUGUGAAUCCCAAACGAUUACUUACUACUAGUAUUUGAAACAUUAAUUCCCAAAAUAUCUGAUGAUAAAAUAUCGAUUCUAAACUAACAUUUCACAGUCAAUAAAUUUAAGACCACUUUCUCAAUAAUUGAUUCUUGUUUAGGCAAAUUUUCAAUGAUUUUGUCAAAUAUGCAGAAAGAUGCAGGUACUUUUUGCAGUGUGAUGAACUGAUAAGGAAUAUUUCAUGUACUAAUUACACUGCACCAAGUGAAUUCAAGUGACAUUUUGCCCAAACCCUAGAUUUCUUUACUAAGUAACUCAAUGCCCUUAUUAAAUAGUGACUGGAAGGACCCCUCCCACCCCUUAGGGGUUAGUAGAAAUGCAUACUGUACUUUGAAGAAAUUGUCAGACUGACAAAUUUAUCAACUUCAAUCAUCAAACUGGACUUAGCCUUCUUUGUUUUUAUUGUGAUUUCUUUUCUUCUCUGUUUAGAACCUUGAGAAACAGGAAAAGCUUGCGGAAGGACUUUUUAACUAUGUGAUGAUGCUGCCACCAGCUUAUGAGAAAGCUGUGCAAAGUGAAGACUUUGAUCGGUAAGUAACUGUCAUCAUGGUCACAACAUUUAGUAGUAUUUAUACUUUCCAUCUUUUGACACGAUUAUUUCUCAGGCAGAACUGAGGAAAUCAUCUUGUUCCAGUGUCAGCUUGAACAAUUCAGUUCAGGUUGCAUUAAUUAAAUAUUUCCCCAUUGCAUUUGGAUAUUUAUUCCUGAAUUGUAUAUUAGAAUCAUAGCUCUCUAUCAAUGAUUUUCUUCUUUAGAAUACUCUCUUUCUAGCCAGCUGGGAGACAUGUUGUGAAGCGGUUGUUAGACAAAUUUCAUGUCCUUUAUGUAUUACUUUUGCAGCGCUCUCAAUAUCUGCAGAGUUUUUACUGAAAUGGGAGAAUCUUUCCUACCUGUGAUUGUCGAGUCACCUGGCAGGGUAAGAGGAUCUUUAUUUACAAUAGAUACUGCUUAUAAUACUUGUAAGUAUUCUUUGAGACCGUAGACCGAAACGACGCAACAGUUAGAACCAAAUCUUUUACUAAUCAGCCCUCAAGAGAGUGAUAGUGAAACAGGUUACUUCAGAAAACAGGAAACUCCAUCAUUCCGCAUUCAAGGUUUAAGAAUUUGGAAAAAAGCGUUCGAAUGGACUUUAUGUAUGAUAGCGUUGCUUGCCACAUACAUUGCAUGCGCUGUUUAUGUCUCGUGAAACUGAUGCUAAAACUUAAUCUGUCGCAUUUUAAUAAGUCCUUGACUUAAAAUUUGUUAUUUUCUCUCUUUUGCAGGGUCUUGGUGACUUAGGAACACUCACCAUUAUAUUAACAUGUGUAAAGCAUUAUCAAUAUGAGGUAAUUUGUUAUCUUGCCGUAGUCUUCAUUUGUGUUCUUUAGGGGGCAUUUAAUUUAAUCGAUUGUCGUAAAACCGAAUAAACGCGAUUUCCCAAUCUUCAGGUAAUUUGCGUGCUUUUUUCUUGAGUCCUUAUUAACAGCUAGUUAUAUUGCCUUUUAUCUUGGCUGUUGUAAUUAGUUUGGUUUUGGUUUAAUGACACACGAUGGAAAAGCGCUCUAAGCAGUCAAUUGAAAAUUUCUUCAUGUGCAGUAAAUCAACCCAACUAAAUUCAAACGUAGAGCACCAGCUUAUUUAAACAAAAUUUUCUGGAUGAAAAUCUUCUAAUACUUUUUUACAGGUGGCAGAGGUAACAUUUAACUUCUGGUAUCGUCUAUCAGAAGCUUUGUAUAAGACGGAAGACGAAGCAAAGGCAGCCCUCUUUAGACCAUAUUUUGAAAGUUUACUUGAAGCGUUGUGCGUCCAUUGCCGGUUAGAAACUGAUGCUGUAAGUACAGAAAUAAUAAUGAUUAAUACUACUACUAAUAAUAAGUGAAUUUAUCGUAAUCCAAAGUGGUUGAUGAGAAUGUUUUUUGGACAGCUGUGGAAAAGGUCGCGUAGCUUCGUACAUGUUUGGUCAGAUACUUCCGCAUUGGUCUGGCCGAAUGCGUCGUUAAGUCCCUGAAAAGAAAAUACGUUUUGUAGGUUCUAGUAGGAGGCAUUAAAGACAGAAAGGUUUUAAUUAUUAACUUUUAAACACUUUUUUUUUCGUUGCUACUUCGUAAGAAAUCGAACCAGUCAGCAAUGUUUUGUUGUUAUCUCCCAUUCUACAGCAAGGAAUCCCAGAUGACUGUGACGAGUUUGGAGAGUUUCGACUCAGGGUCGCGGAUCUCAUCAAGGAUUGUAUAUUUAUUGUAGGAUCAGGAAACUGUUUUAGUCAGGUGAGACGGUAUAGGGAUAGUUAAAAUGGUUGUAUAGGAGUUGUUCAGGCACGGGUCCUAUGUUUUGUCUCACUCAACAACAUAUAAACAGUGUAAAAGGAAAAAAAGGCUUUAAGGUCAGAAAGCUGUAGAAGUAAAUAUACUUUAAUUGACUUUGAGUCAUUUGCAAGCAAAAGGAAUUGAUAGAUGUGAAUUCUUGUAUCUCUAGAUGUACAACAGUAUUGUACAGCAAGGAGACGCAGUUCCUUGGGAAUCAACGGAAGCCGUCCUGUUUGUGAUGUCAACAGUGGCAAGAAAUGUACCACCGUAAGAUAACCGAACUGAUUUUUUUUUUUAUGAAGUGUCUGUGGGAUGAGGUUAGCUCAUCACUACCAUGUUAUCCGUAACUGAUCUGGCAGUUUUAUCGCUGAAUGCCGUGCACUUCUUGCUGUCUGGUGAAACAGUGCUUUGCUUUGUGACUAAUUAUAUUUCACUUACAAAAGUGAUCGAUUCCGAGACCAUCGUCAAAUGGAGCUAUUAUUUGAAUUGUAUAUUAAAACAGGACAACCUCUGUUGACAAGUUUAAGGUUUCUGUAACACCGCUUGAAUUGUCUUCUUCAGGAAUCUUGAGGUGGUUGGUCACGUUCUACCCGUAGUGUUAAACUUACCAUCAAGCUUACAUGUGGCUGUGAGACACACAAGCAUUAAACUUGUUGGUGAGCUGGCAGAAUGGAUAAAAACACAUCCGGAUUAUCUUGGUAAGUAGAAUGCGGACUCUAAUGAAUUAAACCCACGGUGUAGUCUGCUUAAGUGCCACUACGUUCUUAGCAGUUUUUCUGUAAAAAAAACACAAGGCGCAGCCCCUUUCCUUAGGCAGCUUUCCAGUUAUUUACUUUUUUAGGAAUCCUGAAGAUGUUUUCCUUUAAGGAUUUAAAUAUUUCCUAAAACCAUCUGCCGCCUAUGAAAAUCUAAUUAAUGCACUUUUGGAUUGGCUAGAUUUUCUCCCCAUUAUGCCUGUGUCAUUCACUGAGUAACGCCUGCGCGCAGAUGCAUCACAUACCGUUUUUCCUAUCCUGGCAAUACGCAGGAUAUUUGUCACCGUGGACCUAGUUUGACCGCCUAGCCUGCCACGAGUCUCCUGUGACUCAGUGCUAAAGCGUCCGAAGCACUAAUGGGAAGGUCAUAGGUUCAACUCCUAUUCGGAGCACUCGGAGUUCUUUUUCUCUGAGUGUGCUUGUGUCAUUCAUUGGAUUACAUCAUCUUGCACUUCAUUCCAUUUUUGUUCAGAAGAUAUUGAACUUUAUGUUUGUUGGUUAAGAGAGUUACAGCGUGACACUAAAUCACCUUGUAUUACUUUCUGUGAUGGUGUUAUAUUCUUGCUUCUUAAUUAUAAGUUUUUUUUUUCUUGUCCAGAUCCCAUACUUCAGUUCUUGUUGUCAACUGUCCAAGAUCCCAAACUAUCGUCAGUGUCAGCCUUAGCUAUUGAAAGCCUUUGUAUGGCUUGUCAUUCACAAAUGACAAAAUAUUUCGACGUUUUAGCUCAGGUAACGACAAGUUAUGAUGCGUUAUUUUUUAAACUAGUUAUAGACAGAACACCUUAAUUUCAACUGUAGUUAAAGACUAUUUGAAAAGUUUUCUAAUUUACAUUGCGUUAAGGUUUGCUCUAUGAGUUGUAAGUUUUAAGUUCCUAAGUCUUGGUCUGAUCUCCGUCCGAUCUGACUGGUUGAGCAGUUCGCUUUAAGAAUGGCUCGGGUCUUCCAGUUCUUAGAACUCUUAGAGAAGGUUUUCCUUAACCCACGCUAUCGUUCGAAUGGGCUAGUCAAUCCUUGAGUUCCUGCGUGGACUACUUAGUGUACAGAAGUUUUACUUUUGUAAUGUUGGAAUGACUGUUUAAACCUAUUUCCAGAGUGAACGCGAUUCGCGCGCGUUUACAGGCGAGUAAGGAGAUUUCCACCUAUUUUAAAAGGGUUAACUUUUGUCUUUAUCAUCGCAGGUGGUAGUAGCAGCCGAUUCGCUUUCCAUCUCAAGUGAUUCUUAUAUUGGACUCUUGAAAGGUUAGCUUCUUGAUUUCGUAAUGCAGGAUUCGCAAAGACCAGAAAAAUUUUAAAGUAAUGGAUUUUUUACCUUAUUUUCCACGGAAGGUGGGAAAGUGAUAUGGAACGAACUUGAUCAGCUCUUAAAAGUAAAAUCUGUGCAUCAGAUGUGACAUCAUCUCCUUUUCAAGAAUAUCUCUCAGCUUCUAUUAAUCUGUAUUCGUUGUAGGAGUGUGUAAAGUUUUAGAAGGGAUAGAGUCAAAACAACUUUCCGAAGGUUUAAAUUCUAUCUGCGGAAUACAUGUAACGUCACUUAAACAGGUAAGUGUUUUCAAAAUCUGUCGCGUCUCCAAGGUAACAUGAAACCCAAAAACAGAGAUCUGCAUGCUGAACUAGUGGUCCCUGUUUUAGGAAAUGUAUUAUGCACGCGGACUGAACGCUUAUCGUUGUUAAAAUUAUUUGCUUAUUACAUAUUGUGGUAGUUGUUGUUGGUUUCUUUUUAGAGAGUGUUUUGUUUGGAAGUCAAACGUAGUCUGAGAUUGCAUCUAAUUAAUACUGCUUUAGUUCGUUUUUUCCCCUCCUCUUAACCGAUCAGUUGUGAAAGUGAAAUCGAUUGUGACUCGGUGGCUCGUGUUACCUGGUGCUCAAAGCCAUUUCCAAUCCCCUUUAAGUGGUUCUGAUUUACUUCUCUGGAUGUUUUCCACUAUUAUAAUGACCUUUCGUUAUCAUUUACUUUUCCUACAAGAUUCUAUCUGCUCCUGCGAACUCGUAUCCAGAUCCCACUCUGUGGCUGGACAGACUGGCUGCUACGUUUAGGUAAGCGAUAAAAAAACACGAACGAACAAGCUAGCAAAAAAAAAGUUAAAAAAAGCAACAACCAAAUAUCGUACCGAAAAACGAACGAAUGAACACAAACAAAAUAAAACUAAACAAAAAUAACGAACUUUCCCCACUGAUUAAGUAUAUGGUCGUGAAAAAAAAUACCAUGUUGAGCCACGUCUGUUUUCGUAUUGCAUUAACGUUCUAUCAAUGGCUUUAGAAAUUUAGAAUCGAAAAGCUGGCUUUCAGACCAGUCUGAAUUUCACGUGGAAUUCAAAAGCUCUACCUUUUCACUCUCCUGCAGAUAUGUUAAUCCAAAAAUAGAAAAUGGUACGGUACACCCAGCUCUUACAGUCGUAGAGGAGGUAAGGCCUGUCACUUGUGUACAUGAACUGAGCGAGGUGAAUUGUAGCUUAACGUUUUCAACUUGGUUCGAGGUCGAGCGUUCGCCAGAUAGACAGCAAGAGUUAUUUUUUGGAAUGAGUGGGUUCAAGGGUUGGUUUGGAACACCUAGAUACUAGUGUCUUGUACUGGACACUUGUGUCUCAAGUUUUGUUCUGCUCGUCAUAGAGACCAAACGGUUGCAGUUUGGAGUUAGCUGUUUGCCAUGGAAGAGACUAUUAGCUUUGUAAGAAACUAAAACACUAUAAGGGAAAAUGAUAGAUCAUAAAGGAACAGGGAACGCCACAUUAACCUACAUGCAGACAUGCACGAACAUUAAAUUAAUAAUAACUACCAUAAUAAUGGUAAUGAUUGUAAACCGGAGAUGAAAUGAAAAUUUGAGAAAUGACAUUUUCUCUGGCGUUGUAGGUGUGGCCAAUACUUUCCAACAUCUGUGAUAAGUACAGAGCGGACCUGAAGAUUAUCGAGAGAUGUUGUAGGUAAGAGAGCGACUACUUUAUCGAUCUUCGCUGACCCACUUUUCUUCUUGUCUUUUCUGUGAUCGUCAUUGUUUGUCGUCUUUCUUGAUUUCUUGCUAUUGUCUUAAAAUGAUCCUCCUAAUCGACAGUAGUAUUCAAUUAUUGUGUUCAGUAACACACUUAUCGUUCUCAUGGGUCGUCGCCAAGUUGUUCUCACAAUUGUCUUUGUUUUGUUACAUUUGUCUCGUCUUUUACCUAGUUUUCUACUCUUCAUUGUGCACGUUUUCGCCGUCAUUAGGAUUUGAUCCUCGUCCUUGACCGUGUGGUGUCGUUGAAGUUGUCUUCUGUUCAUUAACGGAUGUAUUUGCUUUUAAUUUGGGGGUCUCUUUUUGUUUGUUUGGCUGGAGAAAUAAGAAAUACUUUUGUCGUUAGGGGACGUUCCUUAAUUUUUAGUUAAUAUUCCAAGUUAUCCUCUGGUUGGGAUUAAACACCAUUUGCCCUAGGGAGCAUUUGUAAGGUAUGUUUAUGGUGGUGUCUUUGUCUCAUAUUUUUUUCUUUUGGUUUCAGAUGUAUUAGAUUCGCAAUUCGCUGUCUUGGCAAAUCAGCAAUCAAUUUACUCUCUCCAUUGGUCUCACAGGUGAAACAAAUUUUUUGCUUUUAAUGUCCUUUUCUCUCUUUUUAACUCCUUCAGUGAAACCUGCAAUUUUACUGUUAUGUUAAGUCUCCUGAAGAGUUCUUUGAAUACAGACUUUGAGUCAGAAAACGGCUCAAUUUGGUGUUUGUGCGUUGUAGAGGUUUCCACUGAUUGCCAGCUAGUUUUAUUUUUUUAAAAACAGAAAAGAAAGUGGGAAGCAAAAUCAAGACGCAACAUUAAAGGUUGUCAUCGGAAGGCAAGGGUUUCAAUAAAGGCGGGUUCCUGGUGGUCCUGCGGCGCCUCCAAGACGUGUUACCACCGUCUGUUUAGCUUGCGAACAGUUUCAUGAUUGGUUUCGCUUUACGGCCCCUUUUCGGGCACAGCCGCCAAUCACAUCAUUUGCAGCCGCCUUUGGAAAAAAAAUUAUUGUAACUCCUGGGAACGACCGCCUCGUGUCGCAUAGAUUCCGUAACAGUUGUUAGUCAGUGUCGCUUACUCGCGCCUUCCUUUUGUUACCCGAACAGAUGGUGAGCGUGUACGGUACCAAUCCCCACUCUUGCUUUCUGUACCUGGGAAGCAUUUUAGUUGAUGAAUAUGGUGACGAGGCUGGAUGUGUUCCUGGACUAAUAGGCAUGACAAUGGUAUGAUUACAAUUGAGAAGAAAAACGGAAAAGCUAAUAGUUGUCAUUUACUUAUGAUUAUGCAUUUGAAAUUAAUUACAAAAAUAAUUAACCCUUCAUAGUUUUACAUCAGUGUGAAUAUUCUCCAUACAGUUUUUUAUACAUUUACCAAAGUGCUGACAGGAAGAAUUUGUUUAACAAUCAAGAUCCUCUUUAGGUGGUGUUCGUUUCUUUUAUUUUGGUGAUAUUGUUGGGUUAAAUUAGAUGCUAGUCACUCUCAGGGCGUCAGGAGCGCGGGACCAAAGGAAAAAAUAUCACCAAGCGGAAUCGAACCCUAAGCUUUUGGGUCCCACGGUCCGAUGCUGUGCCACUGAGCUAGAGAACUCUAUUGUAACCUAGACAACAAUAAGUUUCGGUGACAGGUUACGUCGCCCCGUUGCAUGAUUUAUCUAAGUUUCGCUGCCUUCAAGUGAAGUCCUAUCGUCCCAAAACAUGGUUGUGUCGUCCCAACUUGAAGUUGUGUCGCGACCCAACUUUUGACCUAAGGUUAAUUAAGGUUUGAAACUUAUUGCUUGGUGGUUCGACAGCAGGAGUAUUAAAACCUACAAGCCAAGGUUCUAGAAGCUAUGUGACAAUUACUAUUGAUAAAUCCCGCAAAUAUUUCUUGAGGGCUAUCGUGACCUGGCAAUAGUGUUUCUUAAGAACGAUGAUGUUUUGGGAUUGUUGAGUAGCUGGGAGAGUCCUAAGAAAACGUCAGUUUGGUUUUGUUUUAUUCAGGCUUUCUGUGGUCCAGCAUUUCAACUUUUAAGCCAAGACAAAGGAAUGAUUGAACAUCCCGACACUAUCGAUGACUUGUUUAGAUUGUGCGGCAGGUAA